GCUAGGCUCUUCACGGGCCACGGCUACCCCUCGACCGCAUCGCCUCCUCUCCUCGCGCCCUCCGCCGCCGCCGUAGCCUUCUCCCCUCCCCUGUGCGGAAUCCUCCACGCGCGCACGGCCGGCGACCAGGUUUGUGCUGGGAACUUCAGCAUGCAACAAAUGGCCGUAUCUGCAUUCACUGCAAACCCAUCCUCAUCACAUGGCAAUACCUUAUCGGGGUUGUGCUCCCGUCGGCCUGAGAUAUGGCACAGGAGACGCAUCGGCAGCAGAAUUCGGGCGCAGGCGCAGUCGCAGAUGCAGUAUCGGAAGCUGGGAGAUUCAGACCUUGUCAUCAGUGAGGUCACUCUUGGAACAAUGACAUUUGGAGAGCAAAACACGGAGAAGGAAGCGCACGAUAUUCUUUCUUAUUCUUUCGAUCAAGGUGUCAAUAUCCUUGACACAGCAGAAAUGUAUCCAGUGCCACCCAGAAAAGAGACUCAAGGAAGAACUGAUCUAUAUAUAGGCAGUUGGAUGCAAUCAAAGCCACGAGAUAAGAUUAUUCUAGCCACAAAAGUUUCAGGUUACUCAGAGCGAUCUACUUUUCUCCGGGACAAUGCGAAAGUAGUUCGUGUUGAUGCUGCCAAUAUCAAGGAAAGUGUCGAAAAGAGUCUUUCCCGCUUAUCUACAGACUACAUUGAUUUACUCCAGAUACACUGGCCAGAUAGGUAUGUUCCACUAUUUGGUGAAUACUGUUACAACCCAACCAAAUGGAGGCCAAGUGUUCCAUUUGAGGAACAGUUGAAAGCUUUCCAAGAGCUAAUUGAUGAAGGAAAGGUUCGCUAUAUUGGUGUUUCCAAUGAAACUUCAUAUGGAGUGAUGGAGUUUGUACAUGCUGCAAAGGUUCAAGGACUUCCAAAGAUUGUGAGCAUCCAGAACAGUUAUAGUCUAAUUGUGAGAUGUCACUUUGAAGUUGACCUUGUUGAAGUGUGCCACCCAAAUAACUGUAAUGUUGGGUUGCUUGCCUACUCUCCAUUGGCUGGAGGUGUUCUCACUGGGAAGUAUAUUGAUACUAACCCUGACAUAUCAAAGAAGAGCAGGCUAAAUCUCUUCCCUGGAUACAUGGAGCGCUACAAUGCAUCGUUGGCUAAAGAAGCAACGAAUGAAUAUGUCAAGCUUGCCAAGAAGCACGGCCUAACUCCAGUCCAGCUUGCACUGGGCUUUGUGCGUGACCGUCCAUUCACAGCUAGCACAAUCAUCGGAGCAACGACCAUGGAUCAGUUGAAGGAGAACAUUGAUGCAUUUACCAGUGCUCCACGGCCUUUGGCACCGGAAGUUCUUGAUGACAUCGAAUCCCUCUUCAAGAGAUACCGAGACCCAACACUUUCGUAGGUGAGGAUAAAGAAAAAAGAACGCUUUCGUAGGUGUUUAUUCAUCUUUUUUUCCUAUGAAUGUGCCUUCCACAGACAGGAGCCCAGAAACUAGUUGUGCUUUUGUGGUUUCACCGUAUCAUCCAUGCCAACAAGACAUGGAUUUGUCUAUUCUGUUGAUUUUAUGAUUAAUGGCACCACAAAUUUUUUUUCCCAUCAGUAUUUUGCUGCUCUGGAGACGUUUUUAAUUAUGAUCA